AUGCCCGCCGGACUUCCUUUGAUGCGCAUCCGAGUACGAUCCGACGAGGCGGAGGACGGAUCCUCGCUCGAAGCCAUGCAGACUGUGGAGGAAGUGCUGGAACCCUCGGUGACCGCUCCUUGCUCACAUCCGCGCGGGAACUACAUGACACAAGGCAAAGCGCGCCCUGGUCGAGAGAAGCCGCGACACCCCAGCAAAGCCGACGGGCCACUCGCGCUCGAGGAGGCUAUGGCCCUCUUCACUGAUGACAAGACUACCGUCAUGGUCCGGAAUGUGCCCAACCGCUACAGCUGUGAAGAGUUCUUGUGCGAGGUGAUAUCAGAAGGCUUCGAGGGCAGAUUUAACUUCUUCUACCUUCCCAUCGACUUCAACACCAAGCGAAAUCGCGGCUACUGUUUCCUGAACUUCCUCUCCGCAGCUUCGGCCCGGGAGUUCGCAAAGGUUUUCCACGGUCAGAAGCUGAAGCGCUAUGACACGAAGAAAAUUCUUGAGAUCGUGCCCGCGGUUACCCAGGGCCUGGAGAAGAACAUGAAAGCACUUAAAGGAGGCAGCGGGCGAGUCAAGAAUCAGUGGUUUCGGCCAAUGGUGUUUGGUGGCGAUGAGGAAGUCUGCACAGCGGAGGAUGCUUAA